UGCUGGUGAUUUUACUGGAUAGUUGCAGAUGUAGGAAUUUGAACAAAGAUCAUGUUCGUGCUAAGUUGAUGGGUGCUUCGUGUCUGAUGAUGCGCGCCGAGUAAAUCGUAAUUCAGGUGUCAUGUGCCUGUCCUACCUGUACGUAGUGGAAUCUACUUCUGCAUGAGCCGUGCGCAUUACCACUGCCAAGCACGUUUCUUACUGGAGAUUGACUUCUGUGCUACACAGUAAUUACCUAGACCUUUGUCGUCACAAAUUCCAAUUUUCUCUGUUUCUAAAUCCGAGCAGGAAUAGGACUUUCGGGUAGAUACUUCGGUAGGUGUCACCACAGUAGUCCUUAGAAGUUGUUUUUAACAACAUCUUCAACAAGCAUAACCUAAAUCAAAAUCUAACGAUUACGUCAUACACAGGAGCUCCUAGUCUAACUACACAACCUCAAGCAAACCCCAAAAACAAAACAAGAUGGACAAGUACAAGCGCAAGGUUUCUUCCACUGAGAAGGAAAAGUCCGCUGACGACGAAAUCCGUGUGACCGCCAAGGGCCGCACCGCCACCUAUGUCUCCUACGCUUCCAAGCUGUUCAACGAGAAGGAGAUGGAUGCCUUCACCCUGAAGGCUACGGGAGCUGCCUUGGCCACCGCCGUCACGGUCGCUGAGGUCCUGAAGCGUCGUUUCAAGGGAUUGCACCAGGUGACCAAGCUGGGAUCCGUCGAGGUCACCGACGAGUGGGAGCCGUUGGAAGAAGGGUUGGAUCCGGUACUGGAUCUACUUAGAAGUUGUAAUAUCAUAUGAUCGUAUUUUUGGAUGUUGAAUAUCUCAACAUCGUACAACUAUUGGAUCAACUUCUAAGUUACAACCACAUUGUAAUUCUUGAGGUGGAAGACAAUUCAAAAUUGCGGAAGAACUGCAAAAUUUUUCUAAAUCAUUCUUCUUAUUCAGUUUCCUCUACCUCAUCCUUACGAAAUAAUUGUGAAAAUAUGACAUCUCCAUUUUCAAAUUCAACUUACUUCAAUAAAAUAGAAAGAAAGCAAAUUUCUCCACCAUUGUUCCACCCACAGGUCACCUCCGUUCGCAAUGUAAGUUUCAUCGAGAUCACGCUGUCUAAGAAGGAACUGGACAAGACCGACAUUGGCUACCAAGAACCCCUCGAUGAGUCCCUGGUUGUCGAAGUCGAUCCGGAAGAGGUAGUUUGUUUUUUUUUGUAGUCGAUUCUCUUCACGGGUCGUGUCACUACUUUUUUACAUCGCCUUUUGAAAAGGUUGUUGUAAUUCUCUUCACGGGUCGUGUCACUACUUUUUUGCAUCGUCUUUUGAAAAGGUUGUUGUAAUUCUCUUCACGGGUCGUGUCACUACUUUUUUACAUCGUCUUUGAAAAGGUUGUAGUUGUAAUACAUGAAAUUAUAUGUUGGUUAAAAAUAGAUUGAUGGUAUGCUGACUGUGAAGAUAGGUGUUGGGUACUCAAAAGGAAGUUGAGAUACACAACGUAGGCAAGUGAGUAAGAAGAUGUGCACACUGACGCUGGUGCAUUCAAGAUAGAGACGGCUGUUACGGAUUUGAACCACGUUUCCGUUUGGCUGAAUACGAUUUAGAAACGCAUAUCAGUGUCUGUAACGGUCACAUCUCCACCACACCACAGAUGCUCAAGGGCGGACCUCGCAAGGAAGGCGGUGAAGGCGGCAAGCGCCGAAAGGGCAAGGGCAAAGGCAAGAAGGGCGAGAAGGGAAAGGGCAAGUCCAAGGGCAAAGGAAAGGGAAAAAAAGGAAAGGGAAAGGGCAAGAAGAAUAAGGGAGGCGAUGACGACGAGUAAAGGAGUUGUUGAUAGUGAAGAAGAUGAACUUGCCGAUCUUGGCGGAGAUGGUUGGCGAAGGUCUAGAUCGAUUUUCUGCGUUCCGUGAGCAGGAGUAUCUCUUUGGCAACGAGGAGGAUUGGCUUUCAGAGCAAGCAGGUGAAGAACUUCUAAAUCAACUACUAAGAAGAAGGGGAGGUUCAUCAUGAAUGGUCAACACGAAAACAAUCGAGGAGGAAAAAAUGUACUUAAAUGAGGGGAACAUCAAGUAGCUCAUAACGAUUUCAAAGAAAGAAGAAGAUGUGAUUUUUCUGACAACAUCAACCGCACUACUUCAAUACGAGGUACUCUCAAUAAAGUCUUCGACGUUACAGUACUUUUGUCUUCUGCUACUGAAACUAAGGGACGACCAGGAGUAGAAAGUACAAAAAAAUGUUCGAAGGCCUAAAGAAGAACACCUACCGAAGUUACCACAUACUGUGAGUCUAGGAGUGUAUCUCAACGGAUCGAGCGCCUACCAUCCGCGCCUCCCUGUCAGAUUUGGCAGAUGACGGUACGCGUUCGAUCUAGGAGGUGGCCGAAGAGGAGGUCAGAAUCUUCACGAUACAACUAAGAUUUUUUCAGAACUUCCGGUCUUUGUGAUCGACACAGCGCAUGAGGCAAGGUGAGGGGAUGUGGAUGAAGAAGACGAGAAAUGGGUGAGCACGUUCAGGAGGAGACGUAGGCGAGAUCUUGACCUCAUACAUUGGCGAGAUUUGAUGGAGUCUAAGAUGCGCCCACUUUUGAGUUUUCUUGAUUCUGCACUUGAUCUUCUGUCUUUGCUCACUUGUAGCUUACUUAGUCCAGCGGAAUAACCGAGAACUCCUGGACUAGUGGUUCGCUGUUAGGGUUUGGCAGCAGAAGUCUCACACACGGCGACGGUGUUCGUGACGUACUGCAUCCAGAAAAUGUCAGAAGUCUAAGAGUAAGUGUGUGUGGAC